UGAGCCCUGAGCCCUGAGCCCUGAGCCCGGCCGCCACCCCGGGGUGCGGGCCCGUCGGGGGCCAGGCCUGGGGGCCGCCCCGCCCGCCGCCCACGUGGCCACACUGUCCCCGCUGGACGCGGCCUGGCCCGCGGGCUCGGCCGGGAAGCGCGCUCGGCGCUCGGCCCGCGCCCCUUUGUCCCUCCUCCGCCCCCGCCCCCAGGUCGCUAUGUCGCCGGGCCCCGCGCUGCUGCUGCUGCUGCUGCUGCUGCUGCUGCUGGGGGUCCUGACACCCACCGCCGCCCGAGGCCCCCCGAGGAUGGCUGACAAGGUCGUUCCGCGCCAGGUGGCCCGGCUCGGCCGUACCCUGCGGCUGCAGUGCCCAGUGGAGGGGGACCCGCCACCACUGACCAUGUGGACCAAGGAUGGCCGCACCAUCCAUGGUGGCUGGAGCCGCUUCCGCGUGCUGCCCCAGGGCCUGAAGGUGAAGGAGGUGGAGCGUGAGGACGCAGGUGCCUACGUCUGCAAGGCCACCAAUGGCUUCGGCAGCCUGAGUGUCAACUACACCCUCAUCGUGAUGGAUGACACCAGCCCAAGUCGGGGGAGUCUGGGGCCCGCCAGCCCCCCUGGCGGCCAGGAGGACCCUGCCGGCAUGCAGUGGGCGCAGCCCCGCUUCACGCAGCCCUCCAAGAUGCGGCGCCGGGUGAUCGCCCGGCCCGUGGGCAGCUCCGUGCGGCUCAAGUGUGUGGCCAGUGGACACCCUCGGCCUGACAUCACGUGGAUGAAGGAUGACCAAGCCCUGACUCGGCUGGAGGCUGGAGAACCCCGCAAGAAAAAGUGGACUCUGAGCCUCAAGAACCUGCGCCCGGAGGACAGUGGCAGGUACACCUGCAGGGUGUCCAACCGCGCGGGAGCCAUCAACGCCACCUACAAGGUGGACGUGAUCCAGCGGACCCGCUCCAAGCCGGUGCUGACAGGCGCGCACCCUGUGAACACCACGGUGGACUUCGGGGGCAGCACAUCCUUCCAGUGCAAGGUGCGCAGCGACGUGAAGCCCGUGAUCCAGUGGCUGAAACGCGUGGAGUACGGUGCUGAGGGCCGCUACAACUCCACCAUCGACGUGGGCGGCCAGAAGUUUGUGGUGCUGCCCACUGGGGACGUGUGGUCGCGGCCGGACGGCUCCUACCUCAACAAGCUGCUCAUAGCCCGUGCCCGGCCCGACGACGCCGGCAUGUACAUCUGCCUGGGUGCCAACACCAUGGGCUACAGCUUCCGCAGUGCCUUCCUCACCGUGCUGCCAGACCCCAAGCCGCCAGGGCCACACGUGGCACCCUCGCCCGCCGCCAGCAGCCUGCCCUGGCCCGUGGUCAUCGGCAUCCCGGCCGGGGCGGUCUUCAUCCUGGGCACUGUGCUGCUGUGGCUCUGCCAGGUGAGGAAGCCGUGUGCGCCUGCCCUGCCCACGCACCGUCCGCCAGCCACCAGCCGAGCCCGCCCCGGGGACAAAGACCUGCCUGCGCCCGCCCUGGGCCCCAGCCCGGCCGCAGGGCUGUGUGAGGAGCUGGGGCCCCCCACCGCCCCCCUGCACAAGCUGUACCCUAAGCUCUACACAGACGUGCACACGCACACACACUCACAUACGCACACGCACACACACUCACACGUGGACGGCAAGACCCACCACCAGCACGUCCACUACCAAUGCUGAGACACGUGGUGCCACACGGUGGGCGGGGGCACGGAGCAUGUGACCUGUGCCCCACACUGACGCGCCUGCAGACAGAGCUGGACGUGCCCGCACAACUGGGCACACAGCAACAAGGCAUGAGUGGGCUGUCACAGAUGCUGCGCACACCAGGCCGGCAACACACAUGGCUCACACCAGCACACACUGCUCGUGCCAACACAUAUACAACCAGACCAGCUGCAUGUAGCACACAGUUCACACCAGCACACA